ACAUUUUAUUUUGACACUUACUGCCAGUGUCACUGCUUUUUCAACUUGUCGUUCUUUCGUUCAAGUUCGCCAUCUUGAAGGUGUAUCUAAUUUGUUGCUCGUUAGCGAGAAACAAUUUAAUUUCUUAAAAUGGGCCACGCAAAUAUUUGGUAUUCUCACCCUCGCAGAUACGGACAAGGAUCUCGGUCAUGCCGAUCCUGCUCCAACAGGCAUGGCUUAAUCCGCAAGUACGGUUUGAACAUAUGCAGACAGUGCUUCAGAGAGUAUGCUCAUGACAUAGGAUUCAAGAAGAUGCCCAGAAGAGCUUAAGGCUCAGUGCGAAGAUAUCAAUCACAAAAUAAAUGCUACUACACAAUAGGUCUUACUUGAAUUAAAAUUCAUUCUUUCAAAUAAUACUAAAGGAAAUAGUGCUACCCACAUUACCCAGUGUUGUACUAUAAAGCUUAAUAUCCAGUACUAAAAAUAAGUGAGAGAAUUAGACUUUGAGAACAGGACAGUGACAUUUCAACUCUUUGUUAUAAAAUAUAUCUAUACUGAGACCUAAGAACUUAUAUCUCAAGGUGGGUGGCGCAUUUACAUUAUAAAUGUCUAUGGGCUCCAGUAACCACUUAACACCAGUCAAGCUGUGAGCUCGUCCACCCAUCUGAGGAAUAAGGGGAAAAAAAUUCAUAUAAAUAUAUAUUUUUUUAUGUGAAUUUGUAAAGAUUAUUUUGAAAAAGAAAGAUUUGUAUAGGUACUCUUUCAAAUGAGUUGUAUAAUAGGGCUGGACCUUAUCACUUUUCCAUUAACUUUUUAUUAAGUUUGAGAUUUAGAAUUACGACAUACUUAAUCUGUAAAAUCACAGAUGUACUUUGGGAAAUAUUAAUAUAUUUUUGUUUGUUUCAGCUGGACUAAAUGGAGUAGGAAUAAUAAAUUUUACUUUUAAGUAAA